CAGAAUAAGUCUUCGUCUCUCGUUGUAGCCGCCGCCGAUUUUCACAUCAAGUUCUCUAAAGGCAUAAGCAGAUUCAAUUGUAGCUAUGCCUCUGGAUUGAUCUAUUUUCAUAGAAUGCGCAUCCCAAGGGAAGAUAUGGAUGAGAAGCGUGUGAUCUGUAACCCUCUCACAGGACAGUAUGUGAUCUUACCUGAGCUUAGAGGUUAUUCGUAUAGCUAUUUAGGGUUUGAUCCGGUAGACAAGGAAUUCAAGGUCUUGUUCAUGAAUACUAGUGACUAUAUAGCUUCUAGUGAUACAGAUCAUUAUAUCUUGACACUUGGAACUGGGAAAUUGAGGUGGAGGAAGAUCUGUUGUCCUUUUACCCAUGAGCCUGUGUGGGAUAGGAUUUGCAUCAAUGGGGUUUUGUAUUACUCAGCGAUAGGUACUGAUGCACGGUCCUUUGUGAUAGUUUGCUUUGAUGUUAGAACUGAGAAAUUCAAGAAGCUCAUACGCGCGGCACAACGCAGUUCCUCCUUGAUAAACUAUAAGGGGAAAUUAUGUUUGAUUGAUUUGGCUUAUGGUUAUAGUGGUGGAUUUCCUCUUAAGUUGAUUAUGUCGGUUCUAGUGGAUGUCGAGAAAGAGGAAUGGACGACAUAUGUCUACACUUUGAGGGCUGAUAGUGAAGUCGUUAAGGUUAGCAAAAAUCUUUCCGUUGUUGGGGUGACUGCUUCAGGUGACAUUGUUUUGGGGAUGCAGUAUGCACGUACACCGUUUUAUUAUUUCUACUAUAACCCCGAAAGGAACACUCUCCAAAGUGUUGAAAUCCAAGGUGUUGGUGAUGCUAAUCGUGAUUGCAGAUUAUACUCAUUUAUAGACUGCUAUGUAGAGGAUCUUAGUGUUACUGAUGCAAUGCAACUCAAGUCAAGCCUUUUCUAACCAGUCCAAAAUGUCGUUUCCAAGAGGCGAGAACCACAACGACUUAGGCAUACAUCUCCUGACCAUUCCAAGUCUCCUCAAAUCUGUGAAGUUGCAGCAGAACAAGUACGGAUCAUCAUCAGCUAAACUGCUCUUUCGCACUGCUGGCUUAGCUAUUUUAGUUUUUAAAAACUUUCUCACCUCAAUUUCUAUCUCAUAUUUUUCUAUCUCUUUUGUUUCUUGAAUAUGCUCUCUACUUUAUUGUUGUUGUUAAAUAUAAAAAAUGUGUUUGUAUGGUUAUGUUAGAAUUAUGUUCAUGGUUUCUGAGAUUGUUGAAGACUAAGGGUUGAGGAGGAACA